AUGAAGAAAUUCAGAAUGCCACCUGGGUUUCGGUUCAGUCCGUCUGAUACAGAAUUGCUAUACUACCUAAAGAUGAAGGCUAAAGGGAUGUCAUUCCGGCCCUGGAAUGAUGUGAUUCUUGAAAAAAAUCUAUAUGCCGAGAAUGCUGCACCAUGGAUGCUGUUCAAUAAUGAUGAUCCAUGGCAAGUAACAAGUAAAGUUGAUGCUGCUGUUGGGAAGAUUUAUGAGGAAAAAGUCCUUUAUGUUGUUACUAAAUUAGUGAAAAUUGGUAGCAACAAAACUAUGAGGAGUGUGGGUCCUUCGACCUGGGAUAGUGCUACGGGGAAGUAUAAAGUAUGGAAUAGUCAGGGGCAAGUUAUGGGGUUCAAGAAGAUAUUGAAUUUGAGAAGGAAAGGAAUGGAAGUUAUGAGCAAUUGGAUGAUGCAUGCGUACCACAUAUCUGGGGUUUUGUUGCAAGAAGUUAAGGAUAAUGACUAUGUAAUUUGUCGUAUAAAGUGGGAUUAUUCAAGAAAUAUUUGGGUGCUGAUCAAAAAGUUCAAGAAAGUGGUGGAUUGA